GAAGACGAAGAAGAAGUACUUUUCAAGAUGGCUGCCCACGAGUUACCCAUGAUGUAAACAUGCGACUUAACUCUGGCACCGAAUGGCGAUUAAAUUAAAAGGUUCAUUGUAUACUGACCACUCUGGGACCGAGUAGAUUAAAGUAAACUAGUAGUAAACUAGGCAACAGUUUUUUUUUUUUUGUAAUUACUGAGUAAUUGUUGUGCUAAAGUUAGCAUCGCAACAUAGAGUCAUGGCAACUCAGACGUUAUUCGUUGCUUCAUUACCUGACACAGCCACAAACCAGCGUCUGGAGGAAAUUUUCUCUGAAAUUGGUCCGGUGAAGCAGUGCUUCGUCGUCAAAGAGAAAGGUACAGAAAAAUGUCGGGGUUUUGGCUACGUCACAUAUUCCAUGGAGGACGAUGCACAGCAAGCCUUGAAAACGAUAAAAUUGUACGACGGACAGAGGAUCUCUGUGUCUGUGGCAAAGAAGAAAACAAACGAUAAUAAGAAAAUAGCAGCCCCAAAGGAGAAUGAGGAGAAAUCAAAGGGCUUCAGGAAGAACCAGCUAAAGGCAAGGCUUAUCAUAAGGAACCUCAGUUUUAAGUGCUCAGAAGACGACCUGAAAGGAGUUUUUGCCAAGUUUGGAACAGUUCUUGAGUCCAAAAUUCCUCUUAAACCUGAUGGGAAGAUGAGAGGAUUUGCAUUUGUCAUGUUUAAAACUAUGCCUCAGGCUGCAAAAGCACUGAACGCUAUGAACCUGAAGGAAAUUAAAGGGAGGCAGGUAGCAGUCGACUGGGCUAUAGCAAAGGAUAAAUACAUGGCCUCACAGCAACCUACAACUGCAGGAAAUAAGAGUACAACAGAGGAUGCUGCAAAACAGCCAGACCCUGAAAAGGAUGAAGAAAAAGAAGAAGAAGAAAAACCAGCAGCACCUCCAAAGAAAAAAGUUGCUGCAAAACCAGUUGUGCAGCAGGAGGAGGAAUCCCACUCAGAAGAUGAUGAUGAUGAUGACGAUGAGGACGACGACGACGAUGAUGAUGAUGAUGAAGAUGAGCACAAAGAACAAGACGGUGAGGAAGAGCAGGAGGAGGAUGAUGAGAAUGAUGAUGAUGACGAGAGUAACCUCGAUUCGGACGAUGAUGAUGAUGGAGAUGAUGAUGAAGAAGAAGAGGAAUCAGCCCAAAAGAAAACCCCCAAAAAACUCCUCCCUUCAGAUGUGAAAGAGGGCAGAACCAUUUUCAUCAGGAACCUGUCCUUUGACACAGAGGAAGAGGGUCUUGAGGAAAUUCUCCUGCGUUAUGGAGAGCUUAACUACAUCAAGAUUGUUGUCCAUCCAGACACAGAACAUUCGAAAGGUUGUGCAUUCGCUCAGUUUAAGACAAAAGAGGCUGCAGACAAAUGCAUAGCUGCAGCUCAGGAUGAGGCGGAGAAUGGCGGCAUCCGUGUAGAUGGCAGGAAGCUGAUGAUUGUGGCAGCAGUGAGUAGAGAGGACGCCGCCAAGCUGAAGGUCGAUAAAGUGAAAGUGGAGACAGGCACCAGGAACCUGUACCUGGCCAGAGAGGGAUUGAUCCGAGCUGGAACUAAAGCUGGAGAGAAUGUGUCUGAAGCAGACAUGAUCAAACGAACCAGAUUUGAAGAAAUAAAGAGGACCAAGCUUCGGGACAUCGGUGUGUUUGUGUCCAAGACUCGUCUGUGUGUCCAUAACCUGCCCAAAUCAGUGGACAACAACAAACUCAAAUUACUCUGUCUUCAAGCCAAUAAAGGAGUCAAAGGAGUUCGUGUCACAGAGUGUCGGGUGAUGUAUGACAAAAAGCCAGUGAAGGGCCAGGCGACGGGACAGUCGUUAGGUUACGGUUUUGUCCAGUUCCACGACCACGAACAUGCUCUCAGCACACUCCGUCACCUCAACAACAACCCUGAUAUCUUUGGUGCAAACAAGAGACCUAUCGUCGAAUUCUCCCUGGAGGAUUCAAGGAAACUCAAAAUGAAAGAAUUGCGACAACAAAAGAACAAGCAAUUUUCCCAAAAUCGUCCCUUUAAAGGAGGAGCAAAACCUCAGGCACAGGCAGGCAGAGAUGGAAAAGGCUUCAAGGAAGGUGGAAGUAAACCACAGACCUCAUCAGGGCUGACAGGAAAUGAGAGAGCUCCCCUUAAAAACCAGAAAAAGGGCCCACACCACACUGGCUUCAAGACGCAGCCUGAAGUUGAACACAUUGACCUGGAGAACGGAAAGAAACGAAGGAAGAUUCUACCUUUUCCUUCUCAUCGUGGACCAAAGAUCAGGAUGAGGGAUAAAGGAAAGCAGCAAGGUCCGCCACCCAAGAAAGCCAAACCUGGUUCCAACAGAAGACGGCAAAUGGAAAAGCCCAUGCAGCCCAGAAACCAGAAGGGAGCAGCAGCAGCAGCAGCAGCAGCGAAGAAGCCGUUCAAGAGCAGAGACGGAGACCGCUUCGACAGCCUGGUGGAGCAAUACAAGAAGAAGCUCAUCAGUCACACUGACAAGAGUGCCACUUACAAAAGAAACAAGUGGUUUGAUGCUUAAUGCGUGUGUGUGUGUGUGAAACAGAAUAUGCUGGACUCUUUUUAUAGUGACAAUAACACUUCAUGGAUGUUCACGUGUUAGUGUUGUGUCAGCUUGUACAGUUUAAGAUGCCAGAGUGUUAAACUGAACUGUCCCUUUAAUCGUUCUAUCGCUGUAAAGACAAACUGAAUUCUACAGUAUAAGGAUGCCGUUUUUUUUCCUUGUGUACAUGUCUUUUUAAUUAAAUGUUCAAACUAA